CUCGAUCUCUUUCAGCGUUCGCUCACUGUCCAGUAGCUUCUCCGCCGCCGCUCUAAUGGCCUUCGCUGCCUCCGCCGCCGUGACCCGGGCAAUCUUCUCCUCCCUCCCCGCAGUGCAACACCCCACGGCCUCCCUGCUUUCCAAGCGCUUUCUCCACUUGCGCUCCGCGGUGUGCGUCACCGCGCCCCCCUCCGUCCGCGCCGCCCGCUCCGUCCGCCGGUUGCCCACGAUGCAUAGUCUUCCUGGAUUCGGGGUGGCCUUCCGCAUCGGCGCGAUUAGGUGCAUGGCCCGGCGGCCUGGCGACUCGGGUUACUCGCCUUUGAACUCUGGAUCCCGUGGCGGUUCGGGGUUUAGCGACAGGCCACCGACGGAAAUGGCACCUCUGUUCCCGGGGUGUGACUAUGAGCAUUGGCUCAUCGUUAUGGAUAAACCUGGAGGGGAGGGGGCAUCCAAGCAGCAGAUGAUCGAUUGCUACGUUCAAACCCUAGCCAAGGUCCUUGGCAGCGAGGAGGAAGCAAAGAAAAAGAUUUACAAUGUGUCAUGUGAGCGAUAUUUUGGAUUUGGAUGUGAAAUUGAUGAGGAGACAUCCAACAAGCUUGAAGGUAUUCCUGGCGUUUUGUUUGUGCUUCCAGAUUCAUAUGUUGAUGCCGAGAACAAGGACUAUGGAGCUGAACUAUUCGUGAAUGGAGAAAUUGCUCAAAGGCCUCCGGAGAGGCAGAGGAGGAUUGAUGCGGCAACCACACAUAGAAAUGACAGAGACAGACCCAGAUACAAUGACAGAACUCGUUACGUUAGGCGAAGGGAGAGCCAGAGAUAAGCUGAUCGUUCCUGAGUAUAUUGUUGUGCCUGUUAUGGCAUUGGAUGCUCUAUGAUGUUUUAGUUAGGUAUUCAGAUAAUCCGUAGACAGCCUAACCGGGUAGUGACUUGUGUUUUUCCAUGAAAGCAUGUUUGCAUAGACUUAUACUCUUGGGUUUUA